AUGGAUCGAAGCGUGUGGGAUCCGAUCCAGGCAUGCGGGAUGAGCGACCCAAAUUGCACGACUACUUGUUGUGGGAAGACUCAGGCCAACGAGAACUGCAAAAACCGCAUCUCAAGGCAAUCGCGCACCGAUGCUGCCCACCUCUUGCAGCUUCUGGCGCUGCAGCAGCCAGCAGAUGACCGCCUCUUCGAGUCACUGCGCAAGAUUGCCAGGCUGCUGCUAUGCAAACGGAACCACCAGCACAAGGAAGACGAGCAAGUGCAGCCGCUCGCAAAGCGCUGGUAUGAGAGCGCUCGCGCUUCGCGUGCCAUCGGUCAGCAUGCGCAGGAUUCUCCCACGGAGAGCCGACAGGUUGACUAUCCGCUGUACCCACAACUGGACCUGGUGGAUGUGAGUUCGACAUCAUUGACCCCCAUGGAGGUUGUAUCUGGCGCUGCCGAGCUUCAGUUCAUCCGCGUUGAGCAGCUGCGGCAAAGGUCGGCUCCAUUCGAGGUGUCGCCGUCUUCCCCCGCUCGGAUCCAGUUCGGGACCGCCAAUGCAGACAACACCAGCACGCCGGUGAUCCUCCGCUCACUCAAGCAGGACGAUAAUGACGGCAGCAUAGAGUGCCUGAUCUGUCAUGACCAUGCAGCAGACGACAUUGCCAAUUUGCAGUGUGAGCGGUGCAGAGGGAGCGUGCACUUGGGCUGUCUGGGAGUUUGGCUCGAAGGACGGUCGACACGGGUCAACUUUAACUGUCCACAAUGCCGCGGCGUCACACGGUUCGAUGCUUCCUACUCCGCCGCCGAGACGAUGGGCGAGGCAGAGGACGGGGUCGAAAGCGCUGGCGGUGGCCGCACCGCUCGAGGGGAGAUCACCUCGGAAGGGGCUUUGGUGCCAGACCUCCGCCGCAUCCGCCGGUCCGAUAGGCGGACGAGGCGGCCUGACUACUAUGUACCUUAA